AUGCCGUGCUGCACGCGGAUGCACAUGAGGCACGAUAGCCUGGUGCAGCCGACGCUGGCUCUCGGGGCUGCCGGGGCCGUGCCGUGUGCCAGCCGCCUCUUUUCUUAAAUCUCUCUUCAGACCACGCUGCAGACAGAUGAGGUGAAAAACGUUCCUUGUGGUACCAGUGGAGGAGUGAUGAUUUAUUUUGACAGAAUUGAGGUGGUGAAUUUCCUCAUCCAGAGCGCAGUAUACGACAUAGUGAAGAACUACACCGCUGACUAUGACAAAGCUCUCAUCUUCAACAAGAUUCACCACGAGCUGAACCAGUUCUGCAGCGUCCACACGCUGCAGGAGGUCUACAUUGAGCUGUUCGAUCAGAUUGAUGAAAACCUUAAACUGGCCCUGCAGCAAGACCUAACGACAAUGGCCCCCGGAUUAAUUAUACAGGCAGUUCGAGUAACAAAGCCAAACAUCCCUGAAACAAUCCGGAGGAAUUAUGAGCUCAUGGAGAGUGAGAAGACGAAGCUGCUGAUUGCGGCACAGAAGCAGAAGGUGGUGGAGAAGGAAGCGGAGACAGAGAGGAAGAAAGCCCUCAUCGAGGCGGAAAAAAUCGCACAAGUUGCCGAAAUAACUUAUGGACAGAAAGUGAUGGAAAAGGAAACGGAGAAACGAAUUUCGGAGAUUGAAGAUGCUGCAUUUCUUGCAAGAGAGAAGGCAAGAGCUGAUGCCGAAUGCUACACUGCUAUGAAAGUAGCCGAGGCUAACAAGCUGAAGUUAACUCCUGAGUACUUGCAGCUGAUGAAAUACAAGGCUAUCGCAGCAAACAGCAAGAUAUAUUUUGGCAAAGAUAUUCCCAACAUGUUCAUGGACUAUGCGGGAAGCCAGACCAAAUUUGCAGAGGGACUGGCAGAAGGAAUCCAAGAAGAGGAUGGGGCAGGAACCAGUGAGGACACAAAACUACUUCAUAACGUCAACUGAAAAGAAAGAUUUCUAUUUGUUUUAUAUCAAAAGAAACAUGAACUGGGAAGUUCCUUUUUGUUUCCCCCUUUGCUGUACUGAAAGAGAUGGAUCAGACUUAAUCCUUUCAAUCUUUUGUAUGACAAUUAGACACAAAGACUUUGGUAUUUACGGGGUGUUUUCUGGUAACUUCUAAGCAACCAGCUCCAGGUAUGUCCUCUAGAUGCACCUCUCUCUGCUCUUGGACAUAGAGACCAAGUUAUUCGGGAGAGGCUAGCUAGACUAUCUGUUCUGCAGCCAGCUUAGAUGGGUACUUAAUUUUGGAUUGAGGUAGUUUGUAGCAGUCGGAAGUAAAGAAAUGUUGAGGUUUUGGAGGGAGGGGAAUUGCUGCUACAACUUGUUUUGGUUUUUUCUCUUGUUGGAAAUUUCGAGUACUUUAUUUCAAACCCCUU